ACGCCAUCAAGAAAGAAAGUUUCUAUGCAAGCCUGCACCCAACCCUCAGUUACCAAGCCCUAUACCAAAUCAUGAAGCCGGUCCAGGCCCUGCAACCUAAGCUUACAGAGAAAGGGUUCAAGAAAAAGA